AUGUCCGAGUCGGGGAGUCUCGUCACCGGACCGGUGGGACUUAAUUCUUCUCAGUCACUUAUUGCCUCAAUGCCUAGCGAUAUCUCGACUACCUCCAUCACUUUGCCUUCUUUGAACACUUUUCAACGACCCACAAAGAACGACGUCCAGCAAAUCCCAUCGCAGCCAUCUCCACUGGAAAACGUGAAUUGUUUCUCGUCACCGAUGCCAAUGUCGCCCCAUCAAUCACCAGUUAGUUCUAUUGCUUCUCCAAUGCCUCCACCCGCGCCCUCUCCUCUUCAACAUCAAUUUCAGCAGGCGGAUCCGAGACUAGGCACAAACGGGAACAUUCCGCAAUCAUCACCGGGAUCUCAUUCAACGAUGAGCGCUCCAUCAACUCCAAUCCCACGACCGCCUCAGUCUCCCUCGAUGCACAUGCCCAACCCGGACACAGCCACUUCAAUGCCCCAUAGUGGAGUCCCAUCAUCGCCACAUCACCACACUCAGGCUCCCCUACCUCCAAUGACGUUAUAUCAACCGCAAAAUCACAUGACUUCGACGAUCAACGAUGUGGGCACAAGAAUAGUGACACAAACGAAGUUGGCACCAGCUCCUCGUCGGAGAAACAAUCAACAACAAAGAAGCAUUUCCCAAAUGCAGGCAAGGGAGUUCCGGCAACCCGAGCGUCCCAUGGUGGCAAAUGGACCACCGAUAAGACAAAGCCUCUCCUCACAAUCUCUAUCAAGUGAUGGGCCGUUCCGCGGGAACAUGACCGUUUACCCAGGUCCAUCCAAUCCGCAACCGAUUGGCACAAUGAUGCCACCGCCGCAGCCAUCGCCGAAUGUCAUGCAACAGUCAACCAACAUGCAACCGAUGAAUUCUUUGCGUGGCCCUCCACCUCCUCAACAAGGCCUGCCGGUUCAACUUUCCCGAAUGAGUGCCUCAACGAGAAACGUUCACCCUCGAGUUCUCCUACAACAAGCUCCCGUUCAACAUCAAGUUCCACCCCAAUCUCCGCAACAAUCACACCAACUACCUCAAAAUCAAGGCCAAUCUCAGCAAAACAUAGUGAUCACACAACAAAACGCCAACUUCUCAUCGCCUGCAAAGCCGCAAAUGAGCCGAGGACAGCCGAUUUCUCAACAAAUGACAAUGUCCAAUGUGCAAAUGAGGCCAGUCGUGCAAAACGUAGUAGCUCAACCUAUACCAUGCACAAUAGCGCCUCAAAUGGUUGCAGGAGUAUCGCAGCCGGUCACAACUCCAACACCCCGGACACAGGCAACAGCUGCUCUUUUCAACACCGAUGACUCAACUCGUUUACCUCCAAAAGAACAAUAUCGAACGUUAAAACGGAAAUUCAAAUUUCUCGUCUACGAAAACGAAUGCUACCAAGAUCAACUGCGCAAUUUGCAAACGAAGUUGCUAAAGUUGUCACGUGACAAGAACUUCUUGCUAGAUCGUUUGUUGCAAUACGAGAGACCAUCUUCGUCUUCCGAUGAAGAUUCGGAUUCUUCAGUGAACACUCAAGUCGAUGAACGACCUAAACCGAAAAAAAAAGCUCGACCAAAUCGAAGGCGACCAAUCCCUUCUACAUCGGGAACGAUGAUAGCUUCUCUACCGGGACCCAGUGGAGCACAAAUGCUCGCCAGUAUCGGCAAUGGUGGACCAACGCUCGGCUCAGUGCUGACGGCAAAAAGGCAACCAUCACAAGUGGUCGGACAAUUGCUUGCCCAAGCGAUUGCCCCCACCAUGCAACAGCCAUCCACUAGUCGAAUUGAGUUUUGCGAUUCGUCGAACGCUUCUCAAAGUAUCUCAUCUCAAUCUCAGCCAAUGCAUGCUCAAGCACGAGCGAUGGUCAGUCAAAAUAUGAUACCUAAUUCCUCAGAGAUUUUAUUGGAGAGGGCAAUGGUGAGCGAUGAGCCUGUUGCAGAGGCGAAUCUUGUACCUAAAGAAGAACCGCUUGAAGGCAAUCAGCCAAAAGAAGUGUUGACACAAACGACGACGACACCGGAGAUCAGUAUGACCGAGCAAAAGACAAACGAGGCUGUUGAGGAGCUGAAGACGCUGGUGAAUGGACAAAAUAAUACGUCACCAGUCUUUUCGAUCAAAGAAAUCGAGAACAAUCUGAAAGAAGUGGAGAAAUUGAGUACUAUUGAUGUGAAAAAGGAAGAAGAA